CCCUCGGCGAAUUUAUUCCAGCGUCAAUGAGCCAUUAGGUUCAGUAGCCUCAGGGCCUCGGGGAAGUGAACGCGCCAACGGAAGCCCGGAGCCCUCCUCCUAAAGUCGGGGAACCUGAGCUACCGGAGGAGGCUUCCCUUCCGACAGCCCCUCCCGCGGGGAAAGUUCCGGGGCAGGAGGCGGGGCUGCCGGAAGUCGCCGGACGCCGUCUGCUGUUCGUUGUUUGAGCGGCUGACGGGAAGGAGAAGCCCGAGCUCCGGCGGCGCCGCGGGGCGGCAGUCAAGACCAGAGUCCGAGCUGCCGCUAGCCUCCGGAGAAGCAGAAGCCAGGAGUACUGCCUGCGGAGCGGCGGGUUCGGACGCCCGCUCGCCUUCUGAUCUCACCAUGUCGCGGGGCUCCAUCGAGAUUCCCCUCCGGGACACUGACGAGGUCAUCGAACUUGACUUCGAUCAGUUACCUGAAGGAGAUGAAGUUAUCAGUAUUCUGAAACAGGAACACACACAACUGCAUAUAUGGAUUGCUUUGGCAGUGAUGGAAUACUACAAGCAAGGAAAAACAGAAGAGUUUGUAAAGCUGUUGGAAGCAGCGCGUAUAGAUGGCAAUUUGGACUACAGAGACCAUGAGAAAGACCAGAUGACUUGCUUGGAUACAUUGGCGGCCUAUUAUGUACAACAGGCUCGAAAGGAAAAGAAUAAGGACAACAAGAAAGACCUUAUUACGCAGGCAACCCUGUUGUAUACAAUGGCAGAUAAAAUUAUUAUGUAUGAUCAGAACCAUUUGUUGGGAAGAGCCUGCUUCUGCCUCCUUGAGGGUGACAAAAUGGAUCAGGCUGACGCACAGUUUCAUUUUGUGCUCAACCAGUCCCCAAAUAAUAUCCCAGCCCUUCUUGGUAAAGCAUGCAUUUCAUUCAACAAGAAAGAUUACAGAGGCGCUCUUGCUUACUAUAAGAAAGCCUUGCGUACUAACCCGGGAUGUCCAGCGGAAGUGCGUUUAGGAAUGGCAUGCUUCGUGAAACUUAACAAAUUAGAGAAGGCUCGUCUGGCAUUCAGCAGAGCCCUAGAACUCAAUUCCAAAUGUGUGGGAGCCUUGGUGGGACUGGCUGUUCUAGAACUCAACAAUAAAGAGGCUGAUUCCAUCAAAAAUGGUGUCCAGCUUCUUUCCAGAGCCUAUACGAUCGAUCCUAGCAACCCUAUGGUGUUGAACCACUUGGCAAAUCACUUUUUCUUCAAAAAGGAUUACAGUAAAGUCCAGCACUUAGCCCUCCAUGCAUUCCAUAAUACAGAAGUGGAGGCCAUGCAAGCAGAAAGUUGCUACCAGUUGGCUAGAUCAUUCCACGUCCAGGAAGAUUAUGACCAAGCUUUCCAGUACUACUAUCAAGCCACCCAGUUUGCUUCGUCCUCUUUUGUGCUGCCUUUUUUUGGUUUGGGACAAAUGUACAUUUAUCGAGGAGACAAAGAAAAUGCAUCCCAGUGCUUUGAGAAAGUCUUGAAAGCUUAUCCUAAUAAUUAUGAAACUAUGAAAAUUCUGGGCUCUCUAUAUGCUGCCUCGGAAGAUCAAGAAAAACGAGAUAUCGCUAAGGGCCAUUUGAAGAAGGUCACAGAACAGUAUCCUGAUGACGUUGAAGCAUGGAUUGAAUUGGCACAAAUCUUAGAACAGACGGAUAUACAGGGUGCCCUGUCAGCCUACGGAACAGCAACACGGAUCCUUCAGGAGAAGGUGCAGGCUGAUGUCCCCCCCGAGAUUCUGAAUAAUGUGGGGGCCCUCCAUUUCCGACUUGGAAAUCUAGGCGAGGCAAAGAAAUACUUUUUGGCAUCCUUGGAUCGUGCCAAGGCAGAAGCUGAGCAUGAUGAACAUUAUUACAAUGCCAUUUCUGUUACAACGUCGUACAAUUUAGCCAGGUUAUAUGAGGCCAUGUGUGAAUUCCACGAAGCAGAGAAACUAUAUAAAAACAUCUUACGGGAACAUCCUAAUUAUGUUGACUGCUAUCUGCGCCUAGGAGCCAUGGCUAGAGAUAAAGGAAACUUUUAUGAGGCUUCAGAUUGGUUUAAGGAAGCUCUUCAGAUUAAUCAGGACCAUCCAGAUGCUUGGUCUUUAAUUGGUAAUCUUCAUUUGGCAAAACAAGAAUGGGGCCCAGGCCAGAAAAAAUUCGAGAGGAUAUUAAAACAACCAUCUACUCAGAGUGACACUUACUCUAUGCUGGCCCUUGGCAAUGUCUGGCUCCAAACUUUGCAUCAGCCCACCCGAGAUAGAGAAAAGGAAAAGCGUCAUCAAGAUCGUGCUCUGGCCAUCUACAAGCAAGUACUCAGAAAUGAUGCAAAGAAUCUAUAUGCUGCUAAUGGCAUAGGAGCCGUUUUAGCCCAUAAAGGCUAUUUCCGAGAAGCUCGUGAUGUAUUUGCCCAAGUAAGAGAAGCAACAGCAGAUAUCAGUGAUGUGUGGUUGAAUCUAGCACACAUCUACGUGGAACAGAAGCAAUAUAUCAGUGCCGUUCAGAUGUAUGAAAACUGCCUCCGAAAGUUCUAUAAGCACCAGAACACGGAAGUUGUACUCUAUUUGGCCCGGGCCCUCUUCAAGUGUGGCAAGUUACAGGAAUGCAAACAGACUUUGCUGAAGGCUAGACAUGUGGCACCCAGUGAUACAGUUCUUAUGUUUAAUGUGGCCUUGGUCCUGCAAAGAUUAGCUACCUCUGUCCUGAAAGAUGAAAAGAGUAAUCUGAAGGAAGUACUUAAUGCUGUGAAAGAACUGGAGCUGGCACACAGAUACUUCAGCUACUUGAGUAAAGUGGGAGAUAAAAUGAGAUUCGAUUUGGCCCUCGCUGCUACAGAAGCCAGGCAAUGCUCUGACUUGCUGAGCCAGGCCCAGUACCACGUGGCCCGGGCACGCAAACAAGAUGAAGAGGAAAGGGAGUUGCGGGCCAAACAAGAGCAAGAGAAAGAACUGUUAAGGCAAAAGCUUCUCAAAGAACAGGAAGAGAAACGUCUCAGAGAAAAAGAAGAGCAAAAGAAACUUUUGGAACAGCGAGCCCAGUAUGUAGAGAAGACCAAAAAUAUUCUUAUGUUUACUGGAGAGACUGAAGCAACAAAAGAAAAGAAACGAGGUGGCGGUGGUGGCCGGCGGUCCAAGAAGGGAGGAGAGUUUGAUGAAUUUGUCAACGAUGACACCGACGAUGACCUGCCAAUAUCCAAAAAGAAGAAGAGAAGGAAGGGCAGUGGCAGUGAGCCAGAAGGCGAAGAGGAGGAGGGUGGCGAGAGGAAGAAGAAGAAGAGGAGAAGACCUCCCAAGGGAGAUGAAGGAUCUGAUGAUGAUGAAACAGAAAACGGCCCCAAAGCCAAAAAGCGCCGUCCACCAAGAGCAGAGAAGAAGAAGGCACCCAAGCCAGAACGUCUGCCUCCUUCAAUGAAGGGAAAAAUAAAAUCCAAAGCCAUAAUAUCAUCAAGUGAUGAUUCGUCUGAUGAAGAUAAGCUGAAAAUCGCUGAUGAAGGGCAUGCCCGCCACGGCCACAGCGACUCGGACGAGGGCGAUCGGCGGAGGAAGGGCGCCUCCUCGGAGAGCGAGUCGGACGAGAACCAGAACAAGUCGGGCAGCGAGGCCGGCAGCCCCCGCAGGCCCCGGAGGCCGCGCUCCGACGAGGAUUCCGACAGCGACCAGCCGGCCCGAAAACGCCGGCCGUCGGGCUCCGAACAGUCUGACAACGAGUCCCUGCAGUCCGGCCGGAGCCGCUCUGGAGGCUCCGAGGUGGACUCUCGGCCCGCGUCCCCCAGCGCCGAGUCCGACCACGACUCCGACCGAGCAUCCGACAACGAGGGCUCCGGCCGCGGCUCCGGCAACGAAUCCGAACCUGAGGCCUCCAACAACGAGGCCUCGGAGCGCGGCUCGGAGCGCGGGUCCGAGGACAGCGACUAGGCCUCAUUUCCUAAAUAAGCUUCAUCUCUGGAGGGGACUUUUUUUAAUCUAUGAAAGCUGUGAUCAAAACGUUUCAGGUGUUUAGUCCCACCGUGGUGAGAUUUUUUUUUUUCCUAAGGCAUUUUUUUUUUUUUUUUUUUUUUUUUGGUUCUAGCCAUUUGUUACGCCGCCCCUCGAGACCUGUCUGUGCCGGAGCCCAAUAUUUACGUCUCUCGAGCAAAUGAAGAAGGCGACUCUUCUUCAUUAUGGUACAGUUCCACCUGUCAUAUGUGAAAACUGCAGUAAAAUAAACCCACACGCUAAAGCAUUCCUGUAGGGAGGUUAGACCGAGACUGUGGCAGGCAUCUCAUCUUCUUUCUUUGUUAAGCUGUAUACUGUUUGGAUUUUUAUUGCAAUCUUUUACCAAGUGGUGUGAGAAACUUGGUAUUAAUAUCUUCGUUCCAUUUCAAGUUUAGGUCAAGAAUAUUUUUGUUUUCCGGAGGAAGAGGUAUCUACUGUAUAAUUGCACCAAAGUACAAAUGAAAGGAAGGUUUUCUUUGAUAGUGUAAUCCUGCAGCCAUGUAGAUAAAGACACAAAUAUAUAAUUUGUUAGGUUGAACAAAAUGUGGAAAAAUGCUUUUCUGUUAGUAGAAUGCCGAGACCUACCUAAGCCACAUAAUAAAUUCUUUUACCAACUUUA